AUGACGGAACUCUUGUUCAGUUCAGACAUACCGGGUAUCAUGUCCUUUAUAAGAGAUAUCAGUAAUGACAAGAUAAACAGUUCAAUAUCAGUAUUGAAUGACGGUACUUCUGUUCAGUUCAGACAUAUCUUGUCCUGUUUAACAGAUAUCAGUACAGAUAUCAAUCGAGCGCAGAUACUUAUCACUGUGGAAAAGUCAGCCCAGGUUAUCACAGAGGAAAAGUCAGCCAAGCUUAUCACAGAAGAAAAGUCAGCUGAGCUUAUCACAGAGAUAAAGUCAACCGAGCUUAUCACAAAGGAAAAGUCAGCCGAGCUUAUCACAGAGAAAAAGUCAGCCAAGCUUAUCAAUGCGGAAAAGUCAACCCAGAUUAUCACAGAGGUAAAGUCAGCCGAGCGUAUCUCAGAGGAAAAAGGAAAAGUCAGCCCAGCUUAUUUCAGAGGAAAAUCAGCCCAGCUUAUCACAGAGGAAAAGUCAGCCCAGCUUAUCAUAGAAGAAAAGUCAGCCCAGCUUAUCCCAGAGGAAAAGUCAGCCCAGCUUAUCACUGAGGAAAAGUCAGCCCUGGUUAUCACAGAGGAAAAGUCAGCCAAGCUUAUCACAGAAGAAAAGUCAGUUGAGCUUAUCACAGAGAAAAAGUCAACCGAGCUUAUCACUGAGGAAAAGUCAACCAAGCUUAUCACAGAGGAAAAGUCAGCCCAGCUUAUCACUGAGGAAAAGUCAGCCCAGGUUAUCACAGAGGAAAAGUCAGCCGAGCUUAUCACAGAAGAAAAGUCAGCCGAGCUUAUCACAGAGAAAAAGUCAGCCAAGCUUAUCAAUGAGGAAAAGCCAACACAGAUUAUCACAGAGGAAAAGUCAGCUGAGCUUAUAACAGAGAAAGAGCCAACUGAGCUUAUCACAGAGGAAAAGUCAGCCCGGCUUAUCAUAGAAGAAAAGUCAGCCCAGGUUAUCACAGAGGAAAAGUCUGCCCAGCUUAUCACAAAAGAAAAGUCAGCCCAGUUUAUCCCAGAGAAAAACUCAGCCAAGCUUAUCACUGAGGAAAAGUUAGCCCUGGUUAUCACAGAGGAAAAGUCAGUCGAGCUUAUCACAAAAAAGUCAGCUGAGCUUAUCACAGAGAAAAAGUCAACCGAGCUUAUCACUGAGGAAAAGUCAGCCCAGGUUAUCACAGAGGAAAAGUCAGCCGAGCUUAUCACAGAGAAAAACUCAGCCGAGCUUAUCACAGAGAAAAACUCAGCCAAGCUUAUCACUGAGGAAAAGUUAGCCCUGGUUAUCACAGAAGAAAAGUCAGCCCAGCUUAUCACAGAGGAAAAGUCAGCCCAGCUUAUCACAGAGGAAAAGUCAGUCGAGCUUAUCACUGAAGAAAAGUCAGCCCAGCUUAUCCCAGAGGAAAAGUCAGCCAUGCUUAUCACUGAGGAAACGUUAGUCCUGGUUAUCCCGGAGGAAAAGUCAGCCGAGCUUAUCACAGAAGAAAAGUCAGUUGAGCUUAUCACAGUGGAAAAGUCAGCUGAGCUUAUCACAGAGGAAAAGUCAACCCUGGUUAUCACAGAGGAAAAAGAAAAAGAAAUCAACCCAGCUUAUCACUGA